AUGAGUGAUCCUCUCGAUACGGUGCUGGAAGACUCAAAAACACCAUUGAUAGGACAGAACCCAGUGAACUCCGCACAGGAUGAUUCAAACACACCAUUAACAGGAGAGAACCCAGUGAACGCCGCACGAGAGGAUUCAAACACACCAUUAACAGGAGAGAACCCAGUGAACGCCGCACGAGAGGAUUCAAACACACCAUUAACAGGAGAGAACCCAGUGAACGCCGCACGAGAGGAUUCAAGCACACUAUUAACAGGAGAGAACCCAGUGAACGCCGCACGAGAGGAUUCAAAAACACCAGUAACAGGAGAGAACCCAGUGAACGCCGCACGAGAGGAUUCAAACACACCAUUAACAGGACAGAACCCAGUGAACGCCGCACGAGAGGAUUCAAACACACCAUUAACAGGACAGAACCCAGUGAACGCCGCACGAGAGGAUUCAAACACACCAUUAACAGGAGAGAACCCAGUGAACGCCGCACAGGAGGAUUCAAACACACCAUUAACAGGAGAGAACCCAGUGAACGCCGCACAGGAAGAUUCAAACACACCACUAACAGGAGAGAACCCAGUGAACGCCACGCAGGAGGAUUCAAACACACCAUUAACAGGAGAGAACCCAGUGAACGCCGCACGAGAGGAUUCAAACACACCAUUAACAGGAGAGAACCCAGUGAACGCCGCGCAGGAGGAUUCAAACACACCAUUAACAGGAGAGAACCCAGUGAACGCCGCACAGGAGGAUUCAAACACACCAUUAACAGGAGAGAACCCAGUGAACGCCGCACAGGAGGAUUCAAAAACACCAGUAACAGGAGAAAACCCAGUGAACGCCGCACGAGAGGAUUCAAACACGCCAUCUACAGGACAGAACCCAGUGAACGCCUCACAGGAGAUCUCAAACAUAUCACUGACAGGACAGAACACAGCACAGGAGGGAUCAAACAUAUCGCUAACAGGACAGAACGCCGCACAAGGCUCAAAAACUUUAAUAUUUCUCUUCUGUUCUAUGAUAUUUGACCAAGUUAUGGACGGAGUGAACGUCUACUCUUUCUACACUGGGGGGCACACUUUAUUCUUUUAUCUGAGUCUGGUGUUCACUGUCGGCCCUGCAUUGUUCAUUCACAUAGUCGUCAUGAAAAAGUUAAGUUACGUGUUCGCACUGCAAAUCAGCAUUUAA